AUGAAAAAAAGAAUAAUACUUUUUUUGAUAAAAUUAAUACUAAAUAAUGUAAUUGUUUUCGGAAAGUUAAAGGAAGAAUGUAAUCAAUUUGGUGGCAAAAGGUGUAAUGAAAUGAGUAAUUAUGAGUUUUUUACCGAAAAUGACCAGGAAUGUGUAAUUAGUGGAUUAUGUCCGGAAUAUUAUAACUUUUGUGCCGAGCCAACUGUAUUUGAAAAAACCAGAAAAAUUCCAAAAAUCAACGACCCAAAUUUAUAUGAUUCAAUGAGAUUAAUUCAAGUUCAGUCAAUUAUAAGACAUGGUGCGAGAACUCCAACAAAGUAUCAUAAAUGUUGGGAGGGUCUGAAUCAAAGUUGGAAUUGUGAUGAACUAGUGACUACAGUUCAGGCAGCAGCUUUUGAUAUGAGAAAUAGAACUCAGACUUUAGAAUUCUCCAAGCAUUAUGAUAUUAGACAAUGGGAAAAUAAUUUGAAUGGAACAUGUAAAAUGGGUCAAUUAAUUUUACAAGGAUAUGAACAACAUAGAAUUAAUGGAAAACUAUUGGCUGAGGCUUAUUUUAAAAAAGGAGAAAAUCUAGUAAUUAGAAGUGGAUUAAACAUUGAAAAUAAUUAUAGAGAUGAAAUAUAUAUCAGAUCUUCAGAUAUGCAAAGAACUACAGUUUCAGCUGCAGCAUUACUAACCAGUUUGCUGGAAGAAUUUGUUGGUAAAGAAGAAACAUUCAAAGUGUUUCAAAAAUUCCCAUUACAUACUAUGGAUAUCCAAUCUGAUUACUUAUUUGCAAAUUCAAAUGUGGAAAAUAUUACCGACCAUCUUCGAGCUGCAUUAAGUUCUAAGUCUUACUUUGAUAUUGUAGAUAAACAUCAGAGCUUAUAUCAAGAGUUGGAAGAUAAAAUUAAAACUCCACUUUUAAAGGAUCUUUGGCCAGGAGAUAUUAUGGAUUGCAUUAUGACAACUAUAUGUACAGGAAACCAUAACAAACUUCCCAAGGCUUUUAUAGAAAAUAACCUAUUAAAUAGAACAAUUUCUGCUAUAGAAAAGGAGUUAUCUGUGAUUUACACAUGGAAUGAUUCAAUAUUAUCAAAAUCUGAAAUGAGCAGACUACUAUUCGAUGUAAGAGACUAUAUUAUAGAUGUGAUACUAUUUAAUGAAAAGAAAAAUGAUGGACUAUUUAAUAUUAAAAGACUAUGUUUAAAUAUUAAUAAUAAUAAUAAUAACCAAGAUAUCCCAUCUAAUAUCAAAUAUAUACUUAGUCCACUAUGUAAUAAAUAUGAGCAUUAUUAUUAUUUAAAUAAUGGGGAAAUUCAUAUUAAAGUACCUAAAUUCAUAUUAUUUUCAGGGCAUGAUACCACUAUUAUUCCAACAUUAGCUUCUUUGGAAAUUUGGGAUGAGCAUUGGCCACCUUAUGCUUCUACUUUUAUCAUAGAAAUUUACAAUAAUCCAAUGGGUUAUAAAGAAAGAAGAAUUGAUUAUGAUUAUUUCCAUGACGAAGAAAAUGAAUUCUUUCAGAAAUUUCUUCCUUACUAUUUAAGAUUACUAUAUAAUGGACAAGUUAUAACAAACAGAUUGCAAGAAUGUUUAGGAAAAGAAAUAUGUCAUAUUUCAAACUUCUUUAAGAAGAGCAAAUUUGCUCAACAAAAAAAGAUUUACAAAAGAGAAAGUAUGGAAAUUAAUAAGAGCAGUAUCGAAAAUAAUAAGAAAGAAGAAGAUCUUUCAAGUCUAGAGAAUAUUUCAGCUGAAAUGUUGAAUGAAAGUUCUUUAUAUAAUGCAAAUUACAUUGCUUGGUUUUUGAUUGGCUUUAUUACAUGUAUUGUACUAUUAUAUGUAUUAAAGGGAGUGAGAUUUAUUAUUUCAGUCUUAAGUGGAUUUAACAUAAAUAACUUUGGAAAUAAUAGUGCACCAAAUAAUUAUCAAGCACUAUAA